GUUGGGCGGCGGGGCACGAACAGAAAUCGUAGUUUUUGUUCAGCGGCUCGGUGUCUCUCGGUGGGGUACCGGUUCCCAUUAGCCGGUAGAGCCUGUUUGCAGGUGGGGGGGACUUUUCGGUUUGGCCUGCCUCUUCCUGGUGCUCAUGGAUACUUUAACUUUCCAGACGAGGCAGUGAGCCGGUGUUUGAUCCAGAAUGGUAUUACGGAAACGGCUGAAACGGUGCCUUUGUAGUGGGAGUGUUUACGCUGCCGGUGCCUUGUAGCAGCUGCUGCGGUUAAAGUUAGCUUAUGGUUAGCUAAUGCUAGGCCUUUCUUUUACUUUCAUUUUUUCAGGACAGUUUGCUCUAUUCUCCCUUUUAUCACGCGGGUUUUUUUGCUUUGCUUCCUGCUGUAAAGAAGACUAAAAUGAAGAGGUUGAACAGCUAUCAGAGGUGGGUGAACUCGUACAGAAUAUGUGCUUCAACUUGAGCUAAUAUCACUGAAACAACUUUAUACUUGUCACUUAUAGCGUUAGUUAUGAACCACAUGCUGUUUUGGGUGCGACAUUAAUCCUCAUGACCGUUAACAGUAACACGUUUCCCUCUUUGGGAUCACGAUAUAGUUUAAGUGCAGUACAAACAACGGACUUAUGAAUAUAAAACAUCAACUUUAGAGGCAAACAUGAGUGAUUUCAACAAAUAUGCAACAGAAAACUAAUCUGCAGCAGUUCUUUCAGGGGUUAAAAUAGCUAUGGUGCCCUUUUUUGUGUGGUGAUAAUCUAUUUUGGCACAAUAUUUGAAGAAUUAACAAGCUUUAGCACCACUGAACAUAAUAUUAUAACCCCUUGUGUUAUGAGAUUGUGGGUUUGACAAUAAAAUAAAAGUCCACAGGGAUCUUAAAACAACAGUAAGGUUCAGAUAUCAUCUUAAAUUCAUGUAAACAUUCAAUGUAAAACUUCAACCAUGCCAAAGAUUUCAGAAUAUGACUGAUAUUGAUGUCAGAAGCAAUACUAAACUGCCUUUGUGUAAAUGUCACAACGUAGUUUACACUGAACACUCUCAGGGACGACUUCUCAAACAGGAAAUACGCCAUUUAUCUGCAGAUGUGAGUGUUUGCAAGACAAAAGUAACAUGUAUGUGAGUCAAAGUCCUCACAGCAAGCAUGGAGUGGGCUUAAAUAUGCUGGUAGUUCUUGUGCAUAUAUAUACAAGUUCCCUCUGUGACAUGCUGUUACUCAAUGUUUAUCUUAGUUAACAACUUAACUGCAGUAUUGUUAGGGAUGUAAGGAUAUGAAAAUUUAACAUCACGGUUAUUGUGACCAAAAUUAUCACGGUUUUCAAUAUUAACUUGGUAUUGUUGAAAUUAGGGCCUGACCGAUAUGGAUUUUUUGGGGCCGAUGCUGAUACCGAUUAUUAGGGGGGGGGGAUAUCCGAUCACCAAUUAAUCCGCCGAUUUUUAAAUUGUUUUAUUAAGUUAUAAUAUAUAUAUAUAUAUAUAUAUAUAUACUGUAGAUAUUUACAGAAUACUACCGUAUUUUCCUGACUAUAGAGCGCACCUCAAUAUAAGCCACACAUGGUUAUCUACUGAACUGAAUAUUUAGUUUAACUGAACAUAACUGAACUGAUCAGUUUCCGAACGGUGCCCAAAGCAUAAAAGUGCUUAUCAAACAAAACAGAAAAAUCACCAGGUUUACAAGUUGUAUACUACACAAUGCACAUGCGUCAGACAUUUUACCACGGUUUAUCAUUUUACCGGUAAUCGUAACAUCCCUAAGUAUCAUGUUGGCUUUAUUCGGCUAAUUUGUCUUAUUUUAAUGUUCUCUUACUCCUGUCAGUUGUUUGUGGCUGCUGCUUUUUUUUAAUCCUACCGGAAAUGUUUAACCAUCUUAAAAUAAAUGUCACUUGAGUUUCACUUUCUAAAUGAGCCUGAAUCACCAAAUGCAGUCAGACAUUAACUUAAUGUUAGCACUGUGUCAUGAGGGUCAGGAUUCUGAGCGGCAACAAAAACUACACACUGUAGUGAGAACAGUUACAGAGAGUGUCAAAGUGGAAACUGGUGUGGGUUAAAACAGUUCAAAAGUGAGUCAUGCGCUGUCUCUACGACAAGGACGAUAUUUAUUGAAUCAAGUUAUUCUAAAUGGAGUUAGUGUAAUGUGAUUAGUGCUGUCCACUUUAUUCUAAAGGUUAACCAGGUGUACAGAGGCAAAGGUCGGACUCUGUUUCUGUUGUUUAUUCUUCUUCUGGACGUUGUCAUGUUUGCUUUUUAUCCGCCUGUCUCUCUUUUAUGACAGUUAAGUUCAUUAACAGCUCAUUUUACUUCAACGUAUUUAAAGCUUCUGUAUGGAGCAUUCCUUGUGUGUUCAUUUCAGUGCCUCCUGCAGACAAAGCAGCACCAGAUACGUCUUGCAGAUUUGAUCCUCUUCGUGUAUUAAUGUCUAUUUUUGACAGAUGAAACCUCAUUCUGUUUUCCUUAACACUACUACUCAUUGAAACCCUUGAAAAUGAAAACGCUGCUUUUGCACUUCAGCUGACACCUACGCUACAGCGGCAGCUUCAAGCAUGAAAACUAACUGCAGAGAAAUACACACACUCAUUGCAGAUGGUUUUACUUGCUUCUUACGUUUCAGUCAGUUUCACAUCCCUCACAGUAGGUUUCACCGGGAAGUUUGCGCCGAUUUGAUUGACUUUUUCUUGUAAGACAGCUGCUGAAUCAGACUGAAAGGUUUUAAAUUUUUCAUGUGUAUUUCUCCAUAUGUGUGUUUCAGGUUCAUGAACAGACGGGCCUCUGCUAACUGCCGCUACCAGCCCACCUGUUAUGAGCAUGCUGCAAACUGCUACACUCAUGCGGUAAGAGGUUUAGAUUUAUUAUUAAUGCGGCGGACAUGAUCUCUAGCACCUCAAUUUUUAAUGCUUUUGUGUGUGUAUGUGUGUGUUUUCUCCCUCCCUGCAGCUCCUCAUCGUGCCGGCCUUCGUGGGCAUGGCGCUGCUUCACCGCCUGUCAGACACCGGCUGGGAGAGAAUCACCGCCUUGGUUUACGGACUGGGCCUGUGCGCGCUCUUCCUGGUCUCCACUGUGUUUCAUAUCAUCACCUGGAAGAAGAGCCACCUGAGGUAAAGAGGACAAACCUGCUUUUUUAAACAGUUUCACCUCGUUUUUAAGCAGGUCGGCCCCUUUGCGACGAGAGAAUCUUUAACAGGAAAGGCCGAAUUUGGAGCGGCUGCAACAGUUUCUCACGAGUAAAGAGAGAAAGUGUUUGAGUGUUCGCAAAAGAAAACACAAGUGUAGUUAUGCUUUGCUGUCUUAAAGCACAUAGAGGCUCUUCCUACUCAUCUUCUUUCUGUUGUUUUCAGAUUUUAUGUUGAUUUUUUUCUGCUUUUUUUAGUAGCUGUAGGUUUCAAAAAGCUGCCCACGUAACGCAAUGUGGGUUUGGAGGAGUUUCAGUCUUGUUUCCAUGUGGGCUUUGUGUGAAAAAGCCUGUCGAUGAUAUAAUAUACUGGAACAAUCCACGUCUAAGAGUGCACAAAGAAAUCCAUAUUAAACACAGGAAUCAGAUCAGACUUUUGCUUUGAAAUACUACCCAGAAGUACUUUCAUGUAAUGCUUUGGUACAAAGAAAAUGUAGACCUAAAUCGAUUAUUUUUCUCCACAUUUGGGUUGAGAUCCGCACGCUGCACUGCUCUCACCAGUGGUCUGAACGGCAGCCAGUUUACAAACACGAUCAGGGUUUACUGCACCAAACUGCGACAAAUUAAACCAAACCAGAUCACCUGGUGGAAAAUGAGCGACCACUUGCUCUAGUUUUCUACUUCCUGUUUCUCAUGCAGACAGCUUUCACCAGCAGAGGUACAGAAGUCAGAUGAAUGACUCAUAUAGACUGUUAGAUCUGGAGUCUGCAAAUCAACGAGCAUUUACUCGUAUGCCAGGCAGAUCUUAGAGGAUGGAUUUCCCCGCUUCAGCUACGUGACUCAACCAUGAAAUAGAAAGUAAAAAAAGAAAGAACCUCGAGUUUCAUAAACAGUCAUCAGAACAUGUGGUUUGUUGGCAAGUUGAUCAGGUGUUGGUGGGAUGUUUGCACCCACUAGAAAAUGCGUUAAAUGUUUUGCAUGAUUGUGUUUUGUAAGUUUUCGACCCUGAGUAACCGGACUUGACCCGAGAAAACCUGUCCGUCUUUUUGUUUCAGGUCGAUGGAGCAUUGUUUACACAUGUGCGACAGGGUGGUCAUCUAUUUCUUCAUCGCUGCCUCCUACACACCUUGGUGAGUGUCACGCAGGUGGAAAAGUUUCCUUAGAGCAGCUGCAGGUCUGACUGGAGGUGUAACAUUUCAUCUCUUCUCCUCCUCAGGUUAAAUCUGCGUGAGCUCGGCCCUCUGGCAGCUCACAUGCGCUGGUUUGUUUGGCUCAUGGCUGCUGCUGGGACCAUUUAUGUCUUCAACUACCACGAAAAGUGAGUGCAUUAAAAAGUGUUUGUACUGAAUACUGAAAAUAAGACACUACAAGCAUGCAGAUAACAGUGGAGCUUUGUGAGGUCUAAUCUUCACAUGUUCUACAAGCCAAGAGUAAAUCUCAAUGCAUCAGGACCGCAGGCGGACCAGUUUAGCUGCACAUUUAGGAAUGUGCUAGCAUGUGCAUUUGAAAUGAACAUUUUUUAAAAACAAUAAAAUAUGCAGAUUUUAUACUGCAUAUGUAGGGCUGGGCGAUAAAACGGUAACAAUAUAUAUCUAAAAUUAAUUUCCCUCAAUAUCAAUGUAAAACAGGGUCGAUAUACUUUUUCGAUAGUUGGCAUUAAAAAGGAGAGAAGGGCGUUCUCCAGGAUUUAGCUGGAUUCAGAGCAGCAGGGUGUAUGGUGUGUGCCCCCGUUAAAAGACACGGAUACAGAUGUCCAGUUUAGUGGUGGAUUUAUUUGACUGUGUUUCUGCAGAUAAAGAUACAAACAAAAAUCAGUUCACCUCACACUAUACAUAACAUGAACAUCGAGUAGCAUGAGAUAGCAUUAGCCUUAUUCAAGAUAAACAAUACAUUCACACAAUAUAGCAUCCAACUUGGACAGUGAAACAUCAUUAAACUCACUUCUGGCAUUUACACACAAGAAACUCAGGUUGUGAAGGUGAAUAUUGGGAAAAAACACUCAAGAGGAAAUUUACAAACUAUCUGCUGCACGAGGAGGAAAACUAAAUUUUGGAGCUGCAGCAUCUCAUACACAGGUGUGGUGUGUUCAAUCGUUCAAACCUAUGGUGCUUUCAUGAGCGUAGGACAAAUGAAAACUCAAACUUGUUCCCAUAUCGCCCAGUCCUACACAUAUGUAAACUCUUCCUCUGCCCUUGAAUGUUUCCUUUGAGCUUGAAUUGAACAUUUUUAAAGAUUGAUCGAAGCCCAUUUGAACCUGGCCUUCGCUUGAUAAGAAGAAUGUAAGUUUAGAAAAAGCUUGAUUUACUUUAAAAAGUUGAAAAUGAACGCUCAUGUCAGGAUGAAAUCAAGUCCCAACAACUCAGCCUUUAAAUGAAAUCCAAAAUAUUCUGUUUUUCCUUUUUUAAAAUCUGUUUCUUUUCCGUUGUUCCUCCAAGUUUGUCACAUGAAGUUUCAUGCACGUCAUCAGUAAACUUGUUGUUUUUCUGUUUUUUUUUUUUCAGGUAUAAACUAGUUGAGCUGGCCUUCUAUUUGACAAUGGGCUUCUUCCCGGCAUCAGUAGUGACGUCAAUGGUAACAUCAAUACUCAUUCACUUUUUUAUGAGUGUGUUUGGUUUCCAUUUUCUCUCCCAUGAGUCUUCAGGCUGUUUCUGUGAGGUCAUGUUAGUUUGAUCGGAACAUUUUUUUAUGAGUUAAAUCAGUUCAGUUUUAUGAGUGUGUGUGUGUCCUGGUCAUGUUGAAUGAAUGAUAACAUUUUAACAAAACAGCAACACAAUACUCUCAAAGAUCAAUUCCCUCAAUCAGCCAAAUUUACAGUCUUUUAAAUCCCUUUAGAAAAUCUCUGCUUACAGCUCAUUGUAGAAAGAGAAAUCAGUAUUUUAGUGUGACAGAAAGAGUAGAUGUUAUUGAGCUGUUUUGCACUAAGUAGAAGGCUGGAUUACUCUAAUUUUGUGCACCAGACUGCAACAUUUCAAUCUGUGCUGAAAUUCUGCUGCCCUCUUGUGGUUAUUCUGGGUGUAGCAGCCUCGUAUCAUGAUAAAAAUUAAGCAGACCGCCUUUUAAUUUUUCAUGCUAAUUCUUGACAUUUGGCUGUAUAGGCUUUACACCAUUAAAAUUUUAAUAUAUUAGUUUAAUCUUUUAAGGACUUUUAAUUUAUUUUUCAUUAUUAAUUGUGUUGUUAUUAACAACAAUUAUUGACAGUAAAAUAACAUUUCUACAUUUCCCUCAUGCAAUUUCUGUUUUUGUCACCCUCCACAGAGCAACACUGAGGGUGUUCAAGAGCUGGCCUGCGGGGGGCUCAUCUACUGCCUUGGUGUUUUCUUUUUCAAGAGCGACGGCGUCAUCCCCUUCGCCCACGCCAUCUGGCAUGUGUUCGUGGCGCUGGCUGCAGCUGUGCAUUAUUAUGCCAUCUGGAAAUACCUCUACAAGGCCCCUAGCGCUGACACCCUCCUCCAGUCCUGACCGACACCUGCACAACAACCAACCGACACCCUCACCUGACCUGCCCGCUGACGCUGCAACGACAGCCGCAAAGUUUACGAAAAAAAAAUAAAGACCAGGAAAUGUUUACUGUUUUCUAAGCCGGAGGAGAGCUUAUUUGUCUACCAGGAGCUUCUUUAAAAGCUGUUUUGUAAAACUCGAGUCACAGCGAGGGAGGGAGUUUUGACUUUUUACAGAGAACCUGACACAGUCAGGAGUAUUUGAGAAAUUUGAUAGCAGUCUUUUGUAUCGCUCGAAAUCAAACACAUUCCACGUUUGGGUCGUUUGUGUCAAAAGUAUUUAUUUCUGAUGGUAAUUCACGCUCUGGGGGUCGAAGGAAGUGCUGUGACAGGACAAGGAAUAUGUAACUUUCAAAGAUUUUGCGUCGAUAAAACAAAACAAUAAAAUACUUUUCGCUCAGAACAACAAACAAAAAAAAACCAAAAACAAACCAAAGAUCCUACAAGCUUUAUCAGAGUGGAAAAAAGCUGAAGAUUGGCAAAAAAUCUGCUUAUAAUCAAUGAUUUGCUUAAAAGAGUGAAAGUGUCACAGUCUUACCAAAGAGCCUGACUCUCAGCCGGUCUUCUUAUCACUUUGACGCACCAAAAGAAAAAGUGCAGCAAAAGUUAUUUUCUUCCAUUCUAAUUUGUUGUUUCUUUAUGUUGUGAUUUUUAAAAAUAGUUCCGAUUUAAACCCGUCUCAACCAAAACACACACAGAUUUUAUUUUUCUUUUACUUUUUGACCAGAAAUCAUACACAGUCCUGUACAGAGGAACGUCCGGGCCAAGAAUAAGGAAAAAAGUGACUUCAACAUAGUGGUUGUAUAUUUUUGUUUUUUGAAAAUAUUGCAAAUUAUUAUUUUUUUUUUGUUGAUGUUCUUAAAAAAAAGGAAAAAAUAAUCUGAAUUACUGUUUAAAUGUUCAUAUCAGUGCUGGUCAUGAUAAAAGUAUAGGGCAGUUUUCCUUUGACAGGAAUGGGAGGUUUCAAAAAUGUAGUUUCUAUUAAACUUGAGCAUUUUUUGUUUAUACUUCUUUUUUAUUUACAUGUUGCUUUUCAAAGUAAAUGCAGAGACUAAUUUACUUCACCUUGUACUGAGGGAAAAAAUAUACGUGAUUAAAGACUUAAGUAAAUCUAAAAUUCAAUAAUACCAUUUCCAAGGUUCCCAGGUUUCAUUUGUUUUGCUUUACGAUGUAAUAAAAAUUUAAUAUUUAAAAUUAAAAGUAAUUCCACAGUUUGCAAGCAUGAUUUACCAUAAAAAAAUAAGCCCAGGAACUUUUAUGUUUUAUUCAUUAGUGCAAAAUUAAAUAAAUAAAUAAAGUUUCAAUGAUUAAAUGCUAAUAAAUGUGUUACAGAAACAAAUCAAACAUGCAUGUAAUGUAAACAUCACAGUCUUUGUUUCAAUGAUGGUGUUGGGUAUUAAGAAAAGCUGAUUUAUUGCUGGUGUUUAAUUUUCUGGUUAGGGUUGGGGUUGCUGGUGUUUAAAUUUCUGGCACUUAUUCAGUUUUUUCCUCCUUCUUGGCCUCGAUUCCCCUCGAAGUCCUCCGUUUCAGUUUCCUCUGUUAGUAUUGAGCCGCCCCCUGCAGGUGGUUAGCAGUAUAACGACUCGCAGCAUUUCAGGGCGUUUGGAGCUGACUUCUUAUCCUGAGCCAAACGAAGAAAGUCAGCUGAGGUGAUGGUGUACUGAACUUUUCCACUGUCUUACUACUGUGAACAGUAUGCAGUAUAGUGUGAGUGUAUGCACGACCUUUGACCUCUGCAGUCCUGUAUUUCAUUUCCAGUCACCACUAUGAUGAGCAGUCUUUUUGUAAACUGGCCGGAAUGCUUUCGUUUCUGUGACUUUCCUCUUUGUGGAGCUGAAUGAACAUGUCAUUUUCUUUGACCACUCUGUUUUGUAAUGGUUGUAAAUAUUCUGUCGAUUGUUGUGUUGAUGAUUUUCUGAUCCUGGCCUUUUGGAGGAGGAAACUGCUUCUUGUUUGUCCCAUUGGUUGUUAAUGGUGCUGCAUAUUUGCGAAUGCUCCUCCACGAUCAUACUGACUACGACCUUUCUAAUGUGACAAUAAAAAUGAUCAUGCCCCAAACAUGCCUCCUAAGAAGUUUGUU